AUGGAAUGUGAUUUGGCCAUUUUUGAAAAUGAUUAUUUGAACAAAUAUUUGCUUUCUAAAAGUAUAGGCAAUGAUGAUAAAAGAGUAACUUGUAAAUUGGAUAAAGGUGUAUCUGUAAAGAUCAACAACCCAUAUAAUUAUAUCAAUAAAUUAAGCGAAAUUGAAAGAAAUGCUGAAGAAAGGAUUAAUUUAGCUAUGAAAAAGGGCAAAAAUGUAGGUAUGGCAGCUGGUUCUACAAAUUAUCGUGGAAUAAAAAUUGGCGAAAAUAAAGCUGUACAGCAUAGAGGAAAAGCUCCGUCAGGGCAUUUUAAUCGAAUUCAAAAUGUCCAAAACAAAGGGAAAGGUAAAAUGAUAGAAUCUGACGAUGAAACUCCAAAUAUUAAUGAGAAAAAUGAAAACCCUGCAGCUGAUACGGAAAAUUUUUGGAACACUUUUGGAACUAAACAUUCAAAUGAAUAUUUAGGUGAGCAUAAAAAAUUGAUUGAAAUUAAUAUAAAUUAA